AUGAAGAAAUUAUACUACAUUUUACUUUUGAGCACUCAAUAUUUAAUACAUGUUUAUGCCAGCCCAAGAAAUGCAAAACACGGUAGGUUAAAUGGUAGUGGUGGCACAUUAAUAGAAAAAGGACAAGUAGUUGAAAGAAGUACACGUAUGAGUAAUCCAUGGAAGAAAUAUAUGGAAAAAUAUGAUGUAGAAAAAACACAUGGAGCAGGUGUUAGGGUUGAUUUAGGUGAAGAUGCAGAAGUCAAAAAUUCAAAAUAUAGAAUACCAGGUGGGAAAUGUCCAGUAUUUGGAAAAGGUAUUAUUAUUGAAAAUUCGAAUGUAGAUUUUUUAACUCCAGUAGCUACCGGUAAUAGAAAUUUAAAGUCAGGGGGUUUCGCUUUCCCAGCUACAGAUGAUCACAUAUCUCCUGUUACUAUAGAAGUACUUAGAAAAAGAUAUGAAGAACAUGCGGAUCUUAUGAAUUUAAAUGAUUUAUCUUUAUGCUCAAAACAUGCAUCAAGUUUUGUUAUAUCAGAUGAUUUAAAUACAUCAUAUAGGCAUCCAGCUGUUUAUGAUGAAAAAACGAAAACAUGUUAUAUUUUAUAUUUAUCAGCACAAGAAAAUAUAGGUCCACGAUAUUGCAGUAAGGAUGCUGCAGAUAAAGAUACUAUGUUUUGUUUUAAACCAGCGAAAACGGACAAUUUUAAGCAUUAUGCAUAUUUAAGCAAAAAUGUGGUCAGUGAUUGGGAUGUUAAGUGCCCUCGUAAAAGUUUAGGUGUUGCUAAAUUUGGUUUAUGGGUCGAUGGGAAUUGUGAAGAAAUUCCAUCUGUUAAAGCAUUUUAUGCUGAUAAUUUAACCGAAUGUAAUAGAAUUGUUUUUGAAGCUAGUGCUUCGGAUCAACCUACACAAUACGAAGAAAAUAUGACGGACUAUAAAAAAUUAGAACAAGGAUUUCGAGACAACAAUCCGGAUAUGAUUAAAGGAGCAUUUUUACCAGUAGGAGCAUUUAAUGCUAAUUUUAAUAAGAGCAAAGGAAAAGGUUUUAACUGGGGUAAUUAUGAUAAAAUAAAUAAAAAAUGCUUUAUUUUUAAUGUAAAACCAACAUGUUUAAUUAAUAAUAAAGAUUUUAUUGCAACAACUGCUUUAUCACACCCAGAGGAAGUACAAGAAGAUUUUCCCUGUGAUAUUUAUAAAAAUGAAAUCGAAAAAGAAUUGAAAAGAAACUCGGGGAAUGUAAAACUAUAUAGUCUUGAUGGGGAAAAAAUUGUACUACCUAGAAUAUUUAUUUCAAAUAAUAAGGACAGUUUAAAUUGCCCAUGUGAACCUGAAAAAAUUACCAACAGUUCUUGUGAUUUUUAUUUGUGUAAUUGUGUAGAAAAAAGAGCAGAAAUUAAGGAAAAUAAUGAAGUAGUAAUAAAGGAUGAAUUUAAAGAAGAGUAUGAAUACAACGAAGGAAAUUCAAAUAAUAAGAAAACGUUAAUAAUCAUUGGAUUAGCUGGAGGAGUAGGAAUCUUGGCUCUUGCUUCCUCCUUUUUCUUUUUUAAAAAAAAAACUGAGAAUGAAAAAUAUGAUAAAAUGGACCAAGCAGAUGUUUAUGGUAAAUCCACCACAAGGAAAGAUGAAAUGUUAGAUCCUGAAGCAUCCUUCUGGGGGGAAGAAAAAAGAGCUUCACACACUACCCCCGUUUUGAUGGAAAAGCCAUAUUAUUAA